AUGUCCUCGCCCGGAGGUAUCACCGCGGCCAAAGCCAAACACGAAGCCCACAAAUCUCAAAUGCGCCCACCUCGCGACGCCAACGCUUAACCACUCCCGACCUAUCCACGCUGCCAGUGGACGCUACGGGCACCAUACGGCAUUAUAGGACAUCUUCGUACUAACUGCAGCACCCGGACUACACCAGCUGCUGUCUCCUCGUCCAACUCUGCCUCAUCCUCCACGCCGUUAUCAAACGUCGGCCGCCUUUCCGAACCACCAUUACCCUCAUCCUCCUCCAUCUUCUCAACGUCAGCCACUGUGGCAUCUGCCACGCCCAUGAACACUACACACAAUCCUGACACACCAACAAACGCCAACACCACCACCACCACCGUCAACGCCAGUGAUGAGAACCUGGUAUAUACCUGUCCCCAAUGCGACCGCGCCUUCGCCUCAAACGUCGGCUUGGUCGGUCACUUGCGAAUUCGCCGCACAGAGACUGGCGAACCCAAGCCUGGAGCACCAAUCUACACUCUCCGAUUUUGCCUCCAUUGUCCACACUGCCCUCGCAUUUUCACCCACCGCAUGGGUCUUUUCGGUCACAUGCGUAUCGACGAGAGCGUAACUGACCGCAGUCUCGACGUACCUAGCACCUACUGCACACCCACCAUCCCUAGCUUAACCCGCACCCCGUCACCCAGCGCACCCACCAUCAGCACCUCCACCACUGCCACCACCACCGAAACCGACACUGACACCGCUGACGUUUCCUAUCCUCAUUGCAAUCGCAUAUUCACCUCACACAUCGGCCUAGUCGGCCAAUUGCGAAUCCACCGCAGAGAGACUGGCCAACCAGUGCCUGGAGCAUCAAGCUGCACUAGCCGCAUCCUCCUCCACUGUCCAUAUUGUAUCCGCACAUUCAUCCACUGCAUGGGCCUAUUAGACCACGUGCGCAUUCACGAAAACCUGCGACAAACAAACGCCGGCUAA